AUGCCUAACAAAAUUCAAGACCUCCAUACCGUGGACGACAAGUCCUUCGAUUAUGUCUUCGAGCAGAAUGCCACUGUGACACUGAGAUCAAGCGAAGGCUUGGUUCGUGUCAAUGUAUACCGACCAAAGACAUCUGAGAAGGUCCCUGUAUUGGUUACCUACGGACCUUAUGGAAAGGACAUCCCAUAUGCUGACUUCCAUGCAAAAAGUUACUCGGAGGUCAAUCCUGAACACAAGUCAGAGCACUCAGCAUGGGAAACUCCUGACCCUGCUUUCUGGACCAAGAAUGGGUACGCAGUAGUCCGUGCUGACGAGCGUGGGCUGGGUCAAUCUCCUGGUCUGCUCGACACUAUGUCAAGGGGUACCUCAGAAGCCUUCUUUGAUGUGGUCGAAUGGUGUGCGGAGCAAGAGUGGUCGUCUGGAAAGGUCGGUCUUCUUGGUAUCAGUUAUUUCGCUGGAUCGCAGUGGCGUGUGGCCGCAAGAAAUCCCAAGGGGUUGUCUGCUAUUGUACCUUGGGAGGGUAUGUCAGACUACUACAGAGAUCGUUGCCGUCAUGGUGGUAUUCUGUCCAACCAGUUCAUCAGAUUCUGGUGGAACCGCCAAAUCAUCACCAACCAAUAUGGACGACCAGGCCGCAAGGCAAGCAACUGGGGCCCAGACACAAUUGAGGGUGAUCUCUCGGAUGAGGAAAGAGCUGCGAACAGACAAGACCAGAACAUCGACAACCAAAGAAACUACUUCCGCGACGAACCCUACUACGCUUCGAAAGAGUACGACAUGGGUGACAUCAGGGUGCCGCUGCUCUCCGUCGCUAACUGGGGCGGCAUCCUGCUCCAUCUUCGUGGAAACAUCGAGGGUUUCACCCACGCCGGUUCCGAGUUCAAGUAUCUUCGCUGUAUCACUGGCCGUCACGAUCUUCCCUUCUACUACAAUGAGGAAGUUGAGAUCCAACGCAGUUUCCUCGAUGCCUUCCUCAAGGGUGAAGACAGAGUUGGCUGGGCUACUAAGGGCAAGGUCCCUACGGUGGAUAUUGUCCUUCGCAAGGGCGAUGUUGGCUUCAACGAUGCCAAAGCAGAACAAACCUACCCUAGAAGACAAGAGAACGAGUGGCCGAUUGCAAGAACACAAUACACGAAUUACUAUCUCACACCCGAGAAGGAGCUCGUGACUUCGACUCCUUCAGGGAAGGCCAAGCUCGGCUACAGAGCUCUAGGCACGCUUGAGAAGCCUGAGAUGAUUCAGUUCACCACUCCUGCCUUCGAGAAGGAGACAGAGAUCACUGGUCAUGUCACAGCUCGUCUCAACGUCUCACUGACACCAGAUACCACCGGCCCUACACCUACCGACAUCGAUCUCUUCGUAACUCUCAGACACAUCUCGCCCGAAGGCAAGGAGGUCUUCUACACAGGAACUGCUGGAGACCCAGUUCCACUCUGCAAGGGAUGGCUGCGUGUAUCUAUGCGCAAGACCAAUCCCGAGCACUACAAGCACCGUCCUUACCUGCCCCACAGAGACUACUUCAGUACCGACAAGCUGCCCGUCAUCCCUGGAGAGGUAUACCCUGUGGAUAUUGAAAUCUGGCCCACCAACGUCGUUGUCGACAAGGGUGGUAAGAUUAUCUUCGAGGUCUCCAGUGGUGAUACUCAAGGCUCUGGCAUCUUUGGUCACAACGACCCCGUUGAUCGAUCGGAGGAAAAGCUCAAGGGUACAAACUUCAUUCACUUCAGCGAUAAGUUUGUCAAUUAUGUCACUCUUCCCGUCAUUCCCCCUAAGGAGGAGUAG